CCCGAGAGCUCUUCAGUCAAUUUGCGUACAGACUUCAAUAGGCCUACUAUAACGUCAGUAUUGACACCAGUCUAGGGACUCUCAAAAGCAUUCACGGGGACAUUCUGUGCAAUUUCUGUAUUGAAGGAGUUACAAAGGACACAGAAAGGCAUUUUAUUGUGGAUUCUGGCUUUUUCACAACACGUCCUUCCCCCUACUGCGGUGAACGCCACCAUGAGUCUGAGUGUGAACGAGCUGACGGAGCUGAUGGAGAUGUGGGCGGAGCUUAACUUCACGGGGGACAACAUGUCAUCCCACCACGUAGAGGCUCUGCUGUGCCCGGCUGGGUUCAGCCACGCGGCGGUGCUCUACACCCUCUCUGUCCUCUACAUCUUCAUCUUCCUGGUGGGCCUGGCCGCCAACACCCUGGUGGUGUGGGUCAACCUCCGCUCAGAGAGGAACCGCUUUGAGACCCACCUGUACAUCCUCAACCUGGCUGUGGCUGACCUCUGUGUGGUGGCUACUCUCCCAGUCUGGGUCAGCUCGCUGCUGCAGCGCGGCCACUGGCCCUUCGGCGAGGCCGUCUGUAAGAUCACCCACCUGGUGUUCAGCGUCAACCUCUUCGGGAGUAUCUUCUUCCUCACCUGUAUGAGCGCGGACCGCUACAUGUCCGUGGCGCUAUUCGGAGACGGAGGGAACAGCCGCAGGAAGAAGGUGGUGCGGAGGGUGAUCUGUAUCCUGGUUUGGCUGCUGGCGCUGGCCGCCUCCGUCCCAGACACUUACUUUCUCCAGGCGGUCAAGUCCACACACUCUGACGCCACCCUGUGCCGGCCCGUCUACCCCACUGACAACCCCCGAGAGUGGAUGGUGGGCAUCCAGCUUAGCUUCAUCGUCCUGGGCUUCGCCAUCCCGUUCCCGGUCAUCGCUGUCUUCUACCUGUUAUUAGCAGGCGCCAUCGGCAACACCAACCCGCCAGGCUCCAGCGCCAACUCAAACCAGGAGCGACGCAUCAGCCGGAAGAUCAUCCUGACCUACAUUGUGGUGUUCCUGGUCUGCUGGCUGCCCUACCACGGAGUCCUAUUGGUCGACACUUUAUCUCUCCUCAACGUCCUGCCCUUCAGCUGCAGGCUGGAGAACUUCCUGUAUGUGUCCCUCCACCUGACCCAGUGCUUCAGCCUCAUCCACUGCUGCAUCAACCCCGUCAUCUAUAACUUCAUCAACAGAAACUACCGUUACGACCUCAUGAAGGCCUUCAUCUUCAAGUAUUCCACCAAGACGGGCCUGGCCAAGCUCAUUGACGCAUCACAUGUGUCCGAGACGGAGUACUCGGCCGUGGCUGCGGUGGAGAAUAACGUGUGAUUGGCCCGCUGGGAGAGGACAGGAUAAGAUAGGAUACACUUUAUUGUCCCUAAGGGGAAAAUUGUCUUGGACCCACAGAGGUGAUGUCACACAACCCACAGAGAACUGACUCUCUACCAAACAGACUCUAUUUAAGGCCUGCUGAACGGUCUGAACAGUUAACUGACUGCAUGCAGUCCCUGGGAAGGACAUCUCAAGCACAUUAGACGCACUGUAAAAGACCAAGACCAAAUACAUAUGCUCUGUUUCAUUUACAGUGUGACUCCAGUUUUGUUAUAAUUUCGCCCUUUUUGAGUGAGUUUGGUUAACUUCCCCCUGGUUAGUAACAGGGGUGGGGGGUCUUCUUCAUAAAGCACUUCUUCUGAACUGGAGACUUGGUGUCACCCAAACAGAUGGUUCAACGACACCGUAAACACACACACACACACACACACACACACACACACACACACACACACAC